UUUAUAUGAGUAUGCCUUCUUGUUAUCUUUAAUAUUUUAGGAUCUUUUAAUAAAAACUUUAGAAAAAAUUAGAUAUUAAAUAGAAAAAGUAAAGUAAAAAGAUUGAAAAUAGUAUAGAUGACUUGGAGAUACAAAAAUCCUUGAUUUAUAUAAAUAAAUAGACAAGCAAAUAAACAACUAUUGAAUGAAUGAAUGAAAAAUUAAAUGAAUCUUAUAUGUAUGUGUGUGUGUAUUUAGAAUGGUUUGAUAGUUUGCUUUUCUUUUAUUAGUAAAUUUGUAUCUAUAGGAUAUGUAUGAAUGAUUGAUUGAUUUAAAAUUUAGAGUAAAAUUUUGAAUGAGAGAGAGAUAGUAAAAUACAUGGAAAGCAAAAAUAAAAAAUUAAAGUAUUAUCUAUAUAAAUAGGAAAAGAAACAUUGUAAAUUUAAAAGGAGAAAAAAUCAAAAAGAAAGACAAACAGUCAAAAAAAAAAAAUCACUAGUUUUUUAUCUUUAUAUAUAUAUAACAUCACUUAUAUAUAAAUUAUAGUAGAAAUUACUUAUAGAUACAUAUAAUAAAGAAAGACACGCAAUGGCUCACUAGAAUAUUUAUUCUCAAUAACCCCAAUCUUUUUAAGCUUCUAAUUAUGAUAUUGGUUAGUAGGUUUACAUUUCCAAUCAAAACAACUCCAACCAAAGCAGCAAUAGUCAAACCGCUCGCACUCAAAUAAUGCAUAUUAACCCUUCCAAUAGCGGUAAGUAUAAAACCAGUAUUUGCAGACAUUUUAGAAACGGUAACUGUCAACUGGGAAAUACUUGUCACUUCGCUCACGGUUAAGAUGAAAUGAGAAAUGUCAAUGAUCCCCUCCCCAACAACAUUCCUCAACAACCCAAAGUUGUCUGCAACAAUUUUAAAACAGUCAAGUGCCGCUACUUCGAAAAGGGUUUCUGCAAGAACUAGCACGCUUGCUGCUUUGCUCAUGGCGAUCAGGAUUUACAGUAUAGCUAAUUCGUUAAUCCUAUGCAAUAUUUGCCUCAACAUAAUAAAUUUACUGAUUCCAUUCUCCUAAUUUCAAUUUUACAAAAUUUAGAGCACGUUUUCCCCAACGAUCCCUAGAUCAUUUAAAAGUUGCAAUAUGCUUAACAAAUUGCUCGUAACUGUGAUCAAAAGGGAGCCUUUAAUAUCAUCUCUGACAUUAUGAAGGACCCAAAAAGAACUGAAGAAGAAAAGGGGUUAUACAAUACCAUUUACACUAAUGCUCAGAUGUUCUACAGUUAAUAGUAAUAACUUAGUUAAGCUUACAUGCCCUCAUACUAACAAAUGGGUAUGUAUUCUGGUAACGUACUUGAUCCUACUUACUACAUGCAACAAUAGCUUGCCACCUAAUAGCAAUAAGCUUAGUUCAAGACUAAUUGAGGAGAAAAAAAUUUUAUCCUCCUCUAAUAAAGUAUCUAGCUUGCUAGAUUAAUAUCUACCACCUCCCAAAAAUAAAUGAAAAAGCAUAAAAAAUUAGGCAAAGCUGGAUAUCAAAAUUCAGAAAAUUCGAAAAUAAAAAGCAAACAAACAAUAAUAAUAUUUAAUUAAGCACUCUCUUCUCUACCUAUAAUUAUAGUUAUUUGAGCUAUUUUCUUGGCAAAAAAUGUUUAAAGUAUAUACCAUUUCUCAAUUCUAAAGCCCACCAUUAAUUAAGCAAAGCUUGAUCAUUCUUCUAUGGUUUUAACAUUUACUUUUCUCAAGUUCUCUACAUCCUAACCCAUCAUCAUUAUCAUCAAUAAUCUAUCAAACAAACAAAUAAAUAAACAAACAUUCAUACAUGCAUGCAUACAAAAAAAUCGCCUAGAAAAUAGAUAAAAUCUACUUCAUCAUCUAUUUUUGAAAUAAUUACUGAAUAUUUCAAUUUUUUUAUUUUUUUUCAUUAACUCCUCUUGCCUUUUAUAUAGUAGAAGUGUUCAUUACAUUUUGAUUUUUCGAAGCAGAGGAAAUCUAUAUAUAGCAACAAAAGGAGGUAUGUGUAAAUGUAUCAAAGAAAGAAAUGAGGGAAGAUUAAUUUAUCUUUUCCCAAAGGCGAUCUUAUUUGUUUGUGGUUUCUCUCAUUUUUAAGAUAAGUUAGUUAGUUUGUAAUAAGAAAAGUAUGAUAACUCAACUGUUAAAUCAUUUUGAAGAUGCUCGUAUCAAUAAAUAAAUCAAUAAUUUAUAGUAAAAACAUAAUCGCUAGCUAGGUCAUAAAAAAAAAUGUUUAUCAACUCUUUGUAAACUUCUUAAACAACCAAUCACUCAUUGAUUACUAACCUUAAUUCUUGUUUUUCAGGCUGUAAAGAUCUUGAACCGCUUUUUAAAAAGUAUGUACUUUCAAAAGUAUUCUUUGAUUUUCUUUAAGUAAUAUUUAUUUAUUCGCUCAAUUGUUAACUCUUCUCUCUUUAAGAAUAAUUCAAAGAAGGUGCUAACUAAGCAGCUUAAGGAGCUCUAGUUUCUAACCACAAGCUGUUAACAUCUGAGAAAUUCUCCAUGUUUAUGCAACUUGAAGGUAUGGAGCAUCGAGCAGUAAAAGUGGAUGAAGCAUCUAGGAAGAUUAAAGGUGAUAAUCAAAAAUAGUUAGAAGAAUUGGGAAACUAUUUAUAAUUUCAAAUUUAUGAGGAUGAUAGCUCAAAAGACAAAUAAUUAUAGAAUUUCUUAAAUAAGCUUAUAUAAAUACAUAUAUAUAAUAUAUACAAAUAGAGUUUAUAUAUAUAUUUUUAUUCUCGAAUUAGUAUGUACUUCAAUACUAUUAAAAUAACGGGAGAAAAUCUAUUUUU